UCCAAAAGAGUCUGUUUUACACAGGAAACCCACAUGUCUGGACAUUAUUCAAGAUGGCGGACAGUGAGAAUCUGGAUGAGUUGCUUGCAGCCCUUGCAUCAAUGGGAUUUGAAUUUGAAGAUUGCAAUGAAGCAUUACUUGCUGGCCAUACGAAUCUCGAGUCAGCUGUGGAAUGGUUGAUGCACAGGAAAUCUCAAUCACAUUUUAAAACACAUAUUUCAAAGGAUGAUUCUACUGUACCUGGUAAAGAUCACCUAGAAGAUGUUACUGGUAACAUGCAAGAACAACCUUUGACAAGUAGAUGGACCAUAUCUGAUGAUGCCAAAAAGGCCAGGGAGCAAUUCAUUGAAAAAGAAAGGGAACAAGCCAGAACAGAAGCUAAAAAGCGCAAACUGGAAGAAAGAAGAGUACGACAGCAAAUAUUAUCACAAAUAGCAGAUGACAAGGCAUUGAGAAAAGCAAAAAUUGCCUCUAAAUCCAAUACUAGUGUGUCAGACCAACAACCAAGUACAAACAUCAAAGAUGUUGUUAAACCCAAGAAAAACAAUACAGAAUGUCUAUUAAAGGUGCGAUUGCCAAAUGGCCAAGUUAAAACUGGUGCAAUAUCUAUCACUGUGAGUCUUGUGGAAGCAAUCAGUUUGGUAUCAGGAGAGUCUUCAUUAAGAAAUCAGGAAGUUGAUGUUCUUCAGCCUUUUCCUCAUAAAAUAUUCACAUUAGAUGAAUUAGAAUUGUCACUAGAAUCACUUGGUCUUCAUCCAUCUGCAAUGAUAGUGGUACAGAAAAGACAAAUCCAUUCAGGACUUGAACAACAAGCACAAUCAAGCUCAGCUGCAGAAAGUAUGGCUGAAUCAGACAAUAACUGUGAAGAAACAAACAGACAACUUAACAUAGAUGAAGGACAACAACCUGAAAUUGGUGGUAAUGAGAGAAAUCUCCUCCCUAAUGAAGUAAAUGAGGCAGAAAUUCCAGCUGAUAACAUGCAGCCUCCACCAUUAGAUGUAAUUCCUGAACUUGCUGGUAGACACCGUCCUCAUCAGUGGCCAGGUGGAGGGAUGCGAUUGGGUGAUGUGGAAUAUAACCCACAUGCUAUAAAUCCAACAUUGCCUUCAAGUUCACCUGGUGAAUCUGCAGAAAGAAGAAUGGAAAUGAGAGAACAAAGACUGCAACAUUUGAUGGACACUAAUCAAUGUCAAAUGGAUGCACCACAAUUGCACAGGGAGGUGAGACGACUGGAAGAUAUAUGCAUUGAAGAUGUAGCAUUGCGUGUGUCUGGUCACCCAAGGCUGCAACCUAUUGCCUCUUUAGGCAAUCUGUCAAACAGUAUUUGUGACAAACUUUUAGAGAAACUGAUGAAGAGCAAAGCUUUAACACCCAAAGUUAUGAAUGCAUUUUUAUCUUGCUGUCUUAGAUGUAUUAAACUUGAUUGCUACCUCUUAGUCACAAAUGAACUUCUAUCCACACUGAGAUGUCACAAAUAUCUCACAUUACUCAGUUUGAAGUCAUGUCCUUUGAUAACAGAUAAAGCCAUGGAAGCUAUAGCAGCCCUCAAAAAAUUACAAUCUCUGAAUAUCAACCAGUGCUCACAGCUUACAGAUAAAUGCAUGAUUUACAUCAAAGAGCUGCCAUCUCUUUCUGUGCUGCAAAUGGAUAGAACAAAGGUCACUGAUGAAGGCAUAUCAUACUUUGUUACUCAUGCUAAAUGUGUUGCAAAACUUACCCAUCUCAGUCUGUGUGGUACUGCAAUCUCAAACUCAAGUUUGAAAGUCAUUAAGAAUUUAAAAUCAUUGAAGGUUCUUGAGAUGGAAAACACCAAGAUUGACCAGCUUGAUGAUCUGUCAGAAAUGACCAGCCUUGAAAGAUUGAAUGUUUCACAUACACAGCUUACAGAUAGCAGUAUAUGUACUAUCAGACAUCUUUCCUCAUUGAAGUCUCUCAAUCUCUUAUCAACUAAUAUUUCAAACAGUGGACUACAGCAACUUCACGGUUUGCAGUUGAUGUUGCUGAAGCUUCCAAACAGACUCACUAUUACAGACCAAGGACUUUAUCAUAUUCAAGGAUUCCCUCUGACUACCCUAGAUCUCUCUGAUUACAUUAACAUAACAGACUUGGGAAUACAAUACAUUUCUUCUAUACAUAGUUUGACAAAAUUAACACUAAGUAACACAAGACUCACUGAUGUUGGACUGAGAAGUUUAUCAGGUCUUGUUGAUCUUGUUGAACUAAAUCUUGACAGAACAAAAGUGACUGAUGAUGGUUGUGCUGUUAUUCAAAAUUUUCAAAAUCUACAAAUUUUAAGCCUCUCAUCCACAGACAUAACCACCCAGAUGCUUUUAAACGGUGUGCUUAAUAACUGUAUAAAGCUAAAUCAAUUAAACUUGAGUAGAACAAGAGUAUCAAACAGAGGAAUAGCAAAUCUACACCUUCCAUCACUAACAUUACUCAACUUAGACUGGACAAGAGUGACGUUUGAUUGCCAGGUUUUACUUACAGGUUGUCCUUGUCUGAAGGCUUUAAGAACAAACAACUGUUCUGGUUCUGAUGAUGAUGAAGAUUAAAAAAGAGCUGCAGCAAUUCUUACUAUGUUAUCAUAAGACAAAUGUUUACCUGUCUGGCCCAACAUAAUUCCUCAGAGCAUAGAAUUGAAGCCCGACUAUGGGAUAUUAUUUGUUAAAACCAACUCUGUACAAUUAUACUUGAAAAACAAAUAUUGUAUGAAACAGCUUACCUGUACAUUAAUUCAUAAAUUAUAAUAUAAGGUACUAUUUGCAGAUCAGAGCUGUAUCCAGUAUGGGAUGUUCAACUUUUAGACAAUUAGUUUUCAUAAAAACAGGAUCACCUGUAGCAAUGUAUGUCCCGUACAGAUAUAGAAUAUCUAUCAUUUUUUCAAAAAAAUUUUUAUUGAAUUAAAAAUGAAGUUUUGUUACAC